UUAUGGACUUUCCCAACACGUCAAAGAUUUUAAAUCUCUUCUUAUUCAAAUAUAAUACUAAGCAAUGCAUAAGUUCUAAAAUAAAUUAUUGACAUUAGAAUUAAGCAUUACACUAAUUAACAUCAAGUCCUUUUCGGGAAUUUGCUAGAUAGGAAAUUAGGAAGGUGAUUCAUGCCUCCAAAGUUAAAGUAUUAGUACCAGCACUGAGCAAAAUAUUGAAACAACCCUCUCCUGCUCUCCUUCAACCCAACUUCCUACCAACGCAAACAUCAAAAUAACUAGUGUUUAUAUAAAGCACUUCCUCUAUAUUCCCUCUGUUUCAUCAAGAUUCAAAAACCCGAUCUCUCUUUUCUUUCUUUCCAUGGUUUCCUCUUCUUCCUCAAGCAAAACCAUGAAGAAAUCUACGGCACUAGCUGAUGCAGCGUCGUGGUACUGUGCCGUAGCCUUAUUGGCCUUGAUAUUGAUAAGUUCCAUCAAGGCAAAUUCUGUAUCAGAUGAACCUGUGAGAGGGAGUCAGCUCCUCAACCGACCCUGUGAUGAAAUCUAUGUCGUAGGAGAAGGGGAGACCCUUCACACCAUCAGCGACAAGUGCGGCGACCCUUUUAUCGUUGAGCGCAACCCUCACAUCCAUGACCCUGACGAUGUUUUCCCUGGCCUUAUUAUCAAGAUCAUUCCUUCAACUGACAGGAAACUAUAGAGGUAGCCAUACACACAGGCCAGAAGCUUCUUCAAAUUUAUACAGGCUUGUAUCAUAACAUCAUAUAUAUAUUCUCAAACAGGAACAGAAGAAGAUUUAUACUUUUCUUUUCCGUUUUUCGUAGUCAUGGAACAGGGGAUGAACAGUUGAAUAGCAAAGCCUUUGUAAUAAGUUCAAGGCUCAAUAUUGGCGCUUUGAAAUUAUAGAGAGAAAUGGUCUUCCUAAAUAUAGGAUCAUAAUAUGGAGAUUGGAUUCUCCAGGAAAAAUUUCAGUUCUUCUGUAGUUACUUUUGUCCUAAUUUCAGCUUUCUUUUAUGUCCUAUAUCUAGUUUUGGUUCACCUUCCUUUUUGGUUCUUGAUGAUUGAUCAAGAGGAAAGAUCUUUUGAGAUUAUAAUAUAUCCUAAAAACACUGUAUCCAUCAAGUACCUGCCGAUCCUAUUGUGGGAUUCAGAGGUUGUGAACAUAGUAUUUCUUUCUGUCUAUUCACUUGGAAUAGCAGAUUUCUAUUCCGUCUUGUGAAUAUCUUUCUGUUAAUUCUCGGCCUCCUUCAAGGCUGCCAGAAAAAGUACUGUUAAAUUGCCGGUUUGAUACGACAAAAGCCAUCGGCUUUUUGUCAACGGAAGAAAAGUCUUACACUAUUUAAUCUGGUGAUGACAAAAACAGAGUAGGCUGCGAAUUCGAACU